AUGGCUAUCACUGCAUGGGAAAGCAAAGUUGCUGCCAAACAACAAGCUGGCCGUGACAAGAUACCAAAAGAAUGGCUUCUUCCGGCAUCCGUCAUGAACUUGCUUCGAGUACCGCUUCCAGAGCAUCCAAAUCGCAUAAUCGAGAUGGACAUCCCGCGGCAAUCGGGAAUUUUGAGUGAGAAAGAGCUGAAUAUAACGGAGAAGUACACCGUCGAAGAACUGUUGGAACAGUUGAGGAAGGGUGUUUUAUCGUCGCUAGAAGUUACGAUAGCUUUCUCCAAGAGAGCAGCCAUGGCGCAGCAACUGCUCUCUUGCCUUACAGAGACAUACUUUCCUGAAGCACAAGACCGAGCACGCUUCCUCGACAGUGAAAGAGCUGCGGGCCGUCUCGUUGGUCCCCUUCAUGGCUUGCCUAUAAGUGUCAAAGACGGUUUCCAGAUCGCCGGAACAGCGGCAACUAUCGGCUUUGUCUCUUUCCUGGAUCAUGCAUUAUCGGAGAAGAACUCACCGCUUGUGGAGAUCCUGCUGGAGCUUGGUGCAGUUGUAUAUGUCAAGACUAACAUUCCGCAGACCCUGAUGACGGCAGACUCACAUAACAACAUCUUCGGGCGGACGUUGAACCCUCAUAAUACUGCUUUGACGGCGGGAGGCUCUAGUGGAGGCGAAGGAGCGCUCAUUGCAUUCCGAGGAUCUCCUCUUGGUAUCGGAACAGACAUUGCAGGCUCUAUCCGUAUACCGUCCCUCUGCUGUGGCACGUAUGGAUUCAAGCCUUCUACAGCGCGUAUUCCAUUUGGUGGCCAGCCUUCUCCUGUGCGAGAUGGCAUGUCCUUCUUCGAGCCAUCCGCUGGCCCGUUGGCAAACGACAUACAAGCACUGCGUAUCCUAUGUCGAGCACUAGAAGCCAAGGGUCACCAGGUUGUUCCUAUAUCGCCGUUGCGCGCACAAGUCUCCAAUGCGCUGGCUCUCGGGUUUGCCUAUUUUGGGCUUGAUGAGCCCCCAGCGCAUAUAGCCGCUAGUGGUGAGCCUCUUGUACCGUCUGUGAUUCAGGCUAUGCAGACAUUUGGCAGCUUCAAGUGCGAUUUUCUGGCCGACUGCGAAGGUCUACAGGGCAUACCAAGGGUGGCAGCACUUAAUGUGAAGAGAGAGUCUAUCGCGGAUGAGUGGAGGAAGGUAUGGAGGGACGAGAGACUGGAUGCGGUAAUCGGACCGGCGGCGCAGAACACUGCGGUUGCGCAUGACACGUACGGAUUACCGCCGUAUACGUUGCUGCUAAACGUACUGGAUUAUCCCGCAUGCAUCAUACCUUUCGGCAAAGCAUCGAGUGCUCUUGACGCCGAGCACUUCACCAUGGGCUCUGACCAAGUAGGUCCAAGCUGCACUGUGGAAAGAUACAGCCUGCUUCUUGUGACUUCACAUCAUCAUUACCAGUUUACCUUUCUUCUACCACUCCGAAACCUCGAACAACACUCAAACAUGGGCUCUACAUCCAUUGCUAUGCGUCCCUGGAUCUCUGUUGAAUCCUGGGGCCCAGACCGCCUUGAUGUCGUUGGGAUCGGUAUGGAUGACCAGAUGUACCGCAAGAGGUUCGACAGAGGCGACGGUGGCUGGAAGCCUAGCGUUGAUGCUGCAUGGGAGCCACUAAGUGGCAAGUUCAAGCAGAUCCCCGCGGCCAUUUCCUGGAGUUUCGGUCGACUUGACAUUUUUGGCAUCGGUCUCAACAACCAGAUGUACUACAAGGCGUGGGGAAACAACAGGAAGACAGGAGGUUCUUGGAUUGUUAGCGACUGGCAGUCCAUAGAAGGUGGGUUCAAGAGCCCACCGGUACCUGUCUCCUGGGGCAAUGGACGAAUCGACCUCUUUGGCAUCGGCAUGGACGAUCAGAUGUAUCGCAAGGUUUAUGGGGGACAGUGGAGCCCGGGAGGCUGGGAACCACUAACUGGCAAGUUCAAGAGCCCUCCGGCAGCGGUGUCAUGGGGUAGUGAUCGACUCGACGUCUUUGGGAUUGGUUUGGACGACCAGAUGUACCACAGGGCAUGGGAAAGUAAAGCAUGGACUACUUCAAGUUGGACUCCGAUGACUGGCAAAUUCAAAAGCCAACCCAUCGUUGUAUCGUGGGGCCAAGGCAGACUUGACGUCUUUGGGAUUGGGAUGGAUGACCAGAUGUACCACAAAGCGUACAAUGGAACAAACUGGGUGACCAAAGAGUGGAAGGGAAUCAAUGGCAAGUUCAAGAGCGUCCCGUCAGCGGUCUCAUGGGGUCAGGGCCGCAUCGACGUUUUCGGCAUUGGACUAGAUGACCAAAUGUACCACAAGGCAUACGACAAUGGUGGCUGGGUGGGUGACUGGAAGGGAAUCGGUGGUAAAUUUAAAAGCGCUCCAGCAGCUGUCUCGUGGGGCAAGGGACGAAUCGACGUUUUCGGUAUCGGAAUGGACGAUGGAGUUUGGCAGCAAUACUACUCGAACAACGCCUGGGCUUCGAAGUGGGGAGGUUUGGGUGGAAAGUUCAAGACGUUCUAG